GCCGGGAUCGGGCUGAGGGGGCGGGAAGGUGUCGGCCAUGGCGCUGGCCGCUCGCCUUGGGCGCUCUGUGACUUGGGGACGGGCAGCGGCCUGCGGGCUUCGCCUGCUGACCAGGACUUCGGGGAGCUGCGCGCGGUGCGGCCGCUGGCGGGCCCGCGGUGUCGAGGUUGCGUGGAAUCCAGGAUUUUUAAAAAGAGGCCCUUUCUUCUCUGUCUUGUCUGUCUUGGGUUUUGAAACAUAUCAAGUUCUCUCUCAGACUGCUGUGGUUCAUGCCACAGCUAAAGUUGAGGAUAUUCUUGAACAAGCAGACUACCUGUAUGAAAGUGGAGAAACGGAAAAACUUUACCAGUUGUUAACGCAGUACAAGGAAAGUGAAGACGCAGAGUUACUCUGGCGUUUGGCACGGGCGUCACGUGACGUGGCUCAGCUCAGCGGAACCUCCGAGGAGGAGAAAAAGCUGUUGGUGUAUGGAGCCCUGGAGUAUGCACGGAGAGCACUAGACAAGAACCAGUCUAGUUCUGCAGCUCAUAAGUGGUAUGCCAUCUGCAUUAGUGAUGUUGGAGAUUACGAAGGCAUCAAGGCUAAAAUUGCAAAUGCCUACAUCAUCAAGGAGCAUUUUGAGAAAGCAAUUGCACUGAAUCCUAAGGAUGCUACUUCAAUUCAUCUUAUGGGGAUUUGGUGCUAUACAUUUGCUGAAAUGCCUUGGUAUCAAAGAAGAAUUGCUAAAAUGCUAUUUGCAACUCCUCCUAGUUCCACCUAUGAGGAGGCAUUAGGCUAUUUUCACAGGGCAGAACAAGUGGACCCAAACUUCUACAGCAAAAACUUGCUGCUUUUAGGAAAAACAUACUUGAAGUUACACAACAAAAAGCUUGCUGCCCUGUGGCUCCUGAAGGCCAAGGACUACCCAGCGCACACAGAGGAAGACAAGCAGGUACAGACGGAAGCUGCACAGUUGCUUACAGGCUUGUGACAAGAUGGAUGAUAACUUUUGAGAGAAGACGAUAUGUAAAAUACCUAAUAAAUACCACCUUUUCAUUGAAUUUAUAAAGGUAGCAUUUAACCACCA